UUUAAUCACAGUCUAUCCUUCUGCUUUACCAACACCAGAGACCAUGGUGGAGAGAGUUGGAUCAAGCCUGGACCUGAGGACACCAGAUACCAUGAUGGAGAGUGUUGUGUCAAGCCUGGACCUGAGGACACCAGAGACCAUGGUGGAGAGAGUUGUGUCAAGCCUGGACCUGAGAACACCAGAGACCAUGGUGGAGAUUGUUGGAUCAAGCCUGGACCUGGGAACACCAGAGACCAUGGUGGAGAGUGUUGGAUCAAGCCUGGACCUGAGAACACCAGAGACCAUGGUGGAGAGAGUUUCAUCAAGCCUGGACCUGAGGACACCAGAGACCAUGGUGGAGAGUGUUGGAUCAAGUCUGGACCUGAGAACACCAGAGACCAUGGUGGAGAGUGUUGGAUCAAGCCUGGACCUGAGAACACCAGAGACCAUGGUGGAGAGUGCUGGAUCAAGCCUGGACCUGAGAACACCAGAGAUCAUUGUGGAGAGUGUUGGAUCAAGUCUGGACCUGAGAAAUGGAUUCCUCAGAGCUGUAAGACUUGUGACCAUGUUGAGGACUCCACACACUGGCUUCAGAUUGAACCCUUGACUUCCACUGUCCAGGGAGUGACAAUGUUCAGGCACAGGACACCCAAAGGGAGUUAUGAGUGCACAGUGUCUGGGCUCCGCUGGCUGUGUGAGAGAGAUGUCAUUCUGAAGUACCACUUCAGGAACUGGGAACCCUACAGUCAACUUCUGCAAGACAUGCAGUACACACAAGGUGGUCCAUUGCUGGACAUCACUAUGGAGUUAGGUGAACUGGAGGAAGUUCAUCUGCCACACUUUGUCUGUUUAGGGACCAACCCUUCCCUGAGGAAUGAGAUGAAGGUUCUUCAUGUAGAGGAACAUGGAGUGUCUUUAGAGGAAGUGGAUGAGGUCACCAGAUUCCAUGCUAAGAUUCUCUAUCCCAAGUUCUCAGCUAUCUCUCUGAUACUGAGAUUACUGUCUUGGAACAUAGAUGUCCACUGUGACGUGGUCCUCUAUUUGGCAGUAAAAAGGUCAACAGUAAUUUCAAGGCUGUACCUGCUCCUCAGAAACUCCAGUCAGAAAGAGGUGAGGCACUAUCWUUGA